AUGGAGACGGAGCAGCAGGAGGGGCCGGGAGAGCUGCUGGUGCUGUUCUUUUCGGGCAGGUGUAACACGGCCACCUCACGGCUCUACGCUGCCAGGGGGGCAGAAAAGGACCGACAGCCCGACCUGGCAUUAGAAGACAGCACCAGGGUCUGGAUCCCUGACCCCGAGGACGUGUGGCGCCCGGCCGAGUUAACCAGGGACUACAAGGAGGGGGACAGGAGCCUCCAGCUCAGACUGGAAGAUGACACUAUUCAGGAAUACCCCAUCGAUGCCCAAAGCAAGCAGCUGCCCUUCCUGCGGAACCCAGACAUCUUGGUGGGAGAAAAUGACCUCACUGCCCUCAGCUAUCUCCACGAGCCUGCCGUUUUGCAUAACUUAAAGGUCCGUUUCCUGGAGUCCAACCAUAUCUACACGUACUGUGGUAUUGUGCUUGUUGCCAUUAAUCCUUAUGAGCAGCUGCCAAUCUAUGGACAAGAUGUCAUCUAUGCCUACAGCGGCCAAAACAUGGGUGAUAUGGACCCCCACAUCUUUGCUGUGGCAGAAGAAGCCUACAAGCAGAUGGCCAGAGACGAGAAGAACCAGUCCAUCAUCGUCAGCGGGGAGUCCGGAGCCGGCAAGACGGUGUCCGCCAAGUACGCCAUGCGCUAUUUCGCCACGGUGGGCGGCUCGGCCAGUGACACCAACAUCGAAGAGAAGGUCCUGGCGUCCAGUCCCAUCAUGGAGGCCAUCGGAAAUGCCAAAACCACCCGCAAUGACAACAGCAGCCGCUUUGGGAAGUACAUUCAGAUUGGCUUUGACAAGAGGUACCACAUCAUCGGGGCCAACAUGAGGACCUACCUGCUGGAGAAGUCCAGGGUGGUCUUCCAGGCAGACGACGAGAGGAACUACCACAUCUUCUACCAGCUCUGUGCGGCGGCCAGCCUCCCGGAACUGAAGGAGCUAGCCCUGACCUGUGCCGAGGACUUUUUCUACACGUCCCAGGGAGGAGACACGUCCAUCGAGGGCGUGGACGACGCGGAGGACUUUGAAAAGACUCGACAAGCCUUCACGCUCCUUGGAGUGAGAGAGUCCCACCAGAUAAGCAUUUUUAAGAUAAUCGCUUCCAUCCUGCACCUGGGAAACGUGGAGAUUCAGGCCGAGCGCCAGGAUGACUCCUGUAGCGUAUCGCCGCAGGACGAGCACCUCAGCGCCUUCUGCCGCCUGCUGGGGGUGGAGCACAGCCAGAUGGAGCACUGGCUGUGCCACCGCAAGCUGGUCACCACGGCGGAGACCUACGUCAAGACCAUGUCCCUGCAGCAGGUGGUCAACGCCCGCAACGCGCUGGCCAAGCACAUCUACGCGCAGCUGUUCGGCUGGAUCGUGGAGCAGGUCAACAAGGCGCUGCACACCGCCCUCAAGCAGCACUCCUUCAUCGGCGUCCUAGACAUCUACGGGUUCGAGACCUUCGAGGUGAACAGCUUUGAGCAGUUCUGCAUCAACUACGCGAAUGAGAAGCUGCAGCAGCAGUUCAACUCGCAUGUCUUCAAACUGGAGCAAGAAGAGUACAUGAAGGAGCAGAUCCCCUGGACCUUGAUUGACUUCUACGACAACCAGCCUUGUAUCGACCUCAUAGAGGCCAAGCUGGGCAUCCUAGACCUGCUGGAUGAGGAGUGUAAGGUCCCCAAAGGAACUGACCAGAACUGGGCCCAGAAGCUGUACGACCGGCACGGGGGCUGCCAGCACUUCCAGAAACCCCGCAUGUCCAACACGGCCUUCAUCGUGGCGCACUUCGCCGACAAGGUGGAGUACCUCUCAGACGGCUUCCUGGAGAAAAACAGGGACACGGUGUAUGAGGAGCAGAUCAACAUCCUGAAGGCCAGCAAGUGCCCCCUGGUGGCUGACUUGUUUCACGAUGACAAGGACUCUGUCCCUGCCCCCUCCACUUCUGCGAAGGGCUCCAAGAUCAACGUCCGCUCCUCCAGGCCCCCACUGAAAGCCUCCAACAAGGAGCACAAGAAGACCGUGGGCCACCAGUUCCGCACCUCCCUGCAGCUGCUCAUGGAGACGCUGAACGCCACCACGCCGCACUACGUCCGCUGCGUCAAGCCCAACGACGAGAAGCUCCCCUUCCACUUUGACCCGAAGAGAGCGGUGCAGCAGCUCCGAGCGUGCGGGGUGCUGGAGACGAUCCGAAUCAGCGCAGCCGGCUACCCGUCCAGGUGGACCUACCAUGAUUUCUUCAACCGCUAUCGGAUGCUGAUCAAGAAGAGAGAGCUCGCCAGCGGGGACAAGAAGGCCAUCUGCAGGUCUGUGCUGGAGAGCCUCAUCAAGGACCCGGACAAGUUCCAGUUUGGCCGCACCAAGAUCUUCUUCCGGGCGGGCCAGGUAGCCUACCUGGAGAAGCUUCGGGCCGACAAGUUCCGGGCAGCCACCAUCACGAUCCAGAAGACCGUCCGGGGCUGGCUGCAGAGGGUGAAGUACCGCAGGUUGAAGGGGGCAACCUUGACGCUGCAGAGGUACUGCCGAGGACACCUGGCCCGCAGGCUGGCCGAGCACCUGCGGAGGACACGGGCGGCCGUGGUGUUCCAGAAGCAGUACCGCAUGCGGAGGGCCCGCCUGGCCUACCGGAAGGUCCGCAGAGCGGCCAUUGUCAUCCAGGCCUGCACGCGGGGCAUGUUCGUGCGGAGGAUCUACCGCCAGGUCCUCCAGGAGCACAAGGCCACCGUCAUCCAGAAGCAUGUGCGGGGCUGGGCGGCGCGCAGGCACUUCCUGCGGCUGCGGGGUGCGGCCAUCGUCAUCCAGUGCGCCUUCCGGAGGCUCAAGGCCAAGCAGGAGCUGAAGGCCCUCAAGAUUGAGGCUCGCUCAGCAGAGCACCUGAAGCGCCUCAACGUGGGCAUGGAGAACAAGGUGGUCCAGCUGCAGCGGAAGAUCGAUGACCAGAACAAAGAGUUCAAGACGCUGUCGGAGCAGCUGUCUGCGGCCGCCUCCGCCCACGCCAUGGAGGUGACGAAGCUGAGGAAGGAGCUGGCCCACUACCAGCAGAGCCCCGGCGGGGACGUGGGCCUGCGGCUGCAGGAGGAGGUGGAGAGCCUGCGGACGGAGCUGCAGAGGGCCCACUCGGAGCGCAAGAUCCUGGAGGACGCCCACAGCCGGGAGAACGACGAGCUGCGGAAGCGCGUCGCAGACCUGGAGCAGGAAAACGCUCUCUUGAAAGAUGAGAAAGAAAAGCUUAACCACCAAAUCCUGAGCCAGUCGAAAGAUGACUUGGCCCGCGGCUCCGCCCAGGAGAACCUGCUGAUGAAGAGGGAGCUGGAGGAGGAGCGGUCCCGGUACCAGAAUCUCGUGAAGGAGUACUCCCGGUUGGAGCAGAGAUACGACAACCUCCGGGACGAGAUGACCAUCAUAAAGCAAACCCCAGGCCACAAGCGGAACCCGUCCAACCAAAGUAGCUUAGAAUCGGACUCCAACUACCCCUCCAUCUCCACGUCUGAGGUGGGAGACACGGAGGACGCCCUGCAGCAGGUGGAGGAAACCGGCCUGGAGAAGGCGGCCCUGGACAUGACGGUCUUCCUGAAGCUGCAGAAGCGCGUGCGGGAGCUGGAGCAGGAGCGGAGGAAGCUGCAGGCACAGCUGGAGAGGAGAGAGCAGCAGGACAGCAGGAAAGUCCAGGUGGAGCCACCAAAGAACGACAUCGACCUGGACCAGGACACAGAUCUCGCCUACAAUACGCUGAAGAGGCAGGAGCUGGAGUCAGAAAACAAGAAGCUGAAGAACGACCUGAACGAGCUAAGGAAGGCCGUGGCCGACCAGGCCACCCAGAACAACGCCGCCCCCGGCUCCCCCGACGGCUACGGGACCCAGAUCGUCAGCGCCGACCAGCGCCGCCUGGCGGGCAAGAGCGCGGAGCCGAACAUUAAUGCCAGGACCAGCUGGCCCAACAGUGAAAAGCACGUGGAUCAGGAAGACGCCAUCGAGGCCUAUCACGGGGUCUGCCAGACGAACAGCAAGACUGAGGACUGGGGCUAUUUGAAUGAAGACGGAGAACUCGGCUUGGCCUACCAAGGCCUAAAGCAAGUUGCCAGGUUGCUGGAGGCCCAGCUGCAGGCCCAGAGCCGUGCCCAUGAGGAGGAGGUGGAGUGCCUCAAGGCCCAGGUGGAGGCCCUGAAGGAGGAGAUGGACAGGCAGCAGCAGACCUUCUCCCAGACGCUGCUGCUGUCCCCGGAGGCCCAGGUGGAAUUUGGUGUCCAGCAGGAGAUGUCCCGGCUGACCAACGAGAACCUGGACCUGAAAGAACUGGUAGAAAAGCUGGAAAAGAAUGAGAAGAAACUCAAGAAACAACUGAAGAUUCACAUGAAGAGAGUCCAGGACCUAGAAGCUGCCCAGACGCUAGCCCAGAACGGGAAGAGGCACCAGGAGCUGAGCAGGCAGGUGGCUGUCCAGCGGAAGGAGAAGGACUUCCAGGGCAUGCUGGAGUACCACCGGGAGGACGAGGCCCUCCUCAUCCGGAACCUGGUGACAGAGCUGAAGCCCCAGGCGCUGGCGGGCACCGUGCCCUGUCUUCCCGCCUACAUCCUCUACAUGUGCAUCAGGCACGCGGACUACGUCAACGACGACCUCAAGGUGCACUCCCUGCUGACCUCCACCAUCAACGGCAUUAAGAAAGUCCUCAAGAAGCACAGCGACGACUUUGAGAUGACCUCGUUCUGGCUGUCCAACACCUGCCGCCUGCUUCACUGUCUGAAGCAGUACAGCGGGGACGAGGGCUUCAUGACGCAGAACACCGCCAAGCAGAACGAGCACUGUCUUAAGAACUUCGACCUCACGGAGUACCGCCAGGUGCUGAGCGACCUUUCCAUCCAGAUCUACCAGCAGCUCAUUAAAAUCGCCGAGGGCGUGCUGCAGCCCAUGAUCGUUUCGGCCAUGUUGGAAAACGAGAGCAUCCAGGGCCUGUCGGGGGUGAAGCCCACGGGCUACCGGAAGCGCUCGUCCAGCAUGGCGGACGGGGACCACGCCUACUGCCUGGAAGCCGUCAUCCGCCAGAUGAGCGCCUUUCACACGGUCAUGUGCGACCAGGGCCUGGACCCCGAGAUCAUCCUGCAGGUCUUCAAGCAGCUCUUCUACAUGAUCACGGCCGUGACGCUCAACAACCUGCUCCUGCGGAAGGACGUGUGCUCCUGGAGCACAGGCAUGCAGCUCAGGUACAACAUAAGUCAACUGGAGGAGUGGCUUCGAGGGAGAAACCUUCACCAGAGUGGAGCCGUUCAAACCAUGGAGCCCCUGAUCCAAGCAGCCCAGCUCUUGCAGUUAAAGAAGAAAACGCCUGAGGACGCUGAGGCCAUCUGCUCCCUGAGCACCUCCCUCAGCACCCAGCAGAUUGUCAAAAUUCUAAAUCUUUAUACUCCCUUGAAUGAGUUUGAAGAACGAGUAACAGUGGGCUUCAUACGCACGAUCCAGGCACAACUUCAAGAUCGGAAUGACCCUCAGCAACUGCUGUUGGACUACAAGCACAUGUUUCCCGUUCUGUUCCCCUUUAACCCGUCUGCCCUGACUAUGGACUCCAUCCACAUCCCAGCGUGUCUCAAUCUUGAGUUCCUCACUGAAGUCUGAACAACGCGCAUUGCCAGCCUGGCUGGAUUGGCAGCGAGAGCAAGAAGACGUAUACAGUCAAGUGGCUUGAAGGGUCUGUUCAGGCUUUAAAAGUGGAUCAAAUCAGACACGGAGAGGAUGUGCCGAGUGCUGCACCAUAAGAAGGAGAACACAGCUGUCAUUAUUUUUUGUGCCUACUGCUCAGAAUAAAAACACUUGAAGUAUGGGAGAUUUUUUGAAGUACGAUUUCAGAAUAAAGUUCACAUUAGCAUUUAUACCACCAAGCAAAGCAGUCCCCGUGGCCAUAAAAAAGGGGCCAGGCUACAAAAUGGAAACUGCCUUCUUUUGAUCUCUGCAUAUAACUGGAGAGUGUCCAAAAUAAAAUAUUAAAACUA